AUGGCAGACCUUGCGCUUCUAGAAGAUUUGCAACAAGCACUUUUGUGCAGAGAUCGCGUUUUCAGGGACCGCACAGGCUUACUCGCUGAGAGUGUUGAGUGGCUCAUUAGUCGUUUUCGUUUGCCAAGGGCAGUUUUGCUUGAUUUGUGUCAGCAGUUCUCGCAACUUUUGGAGAGGCCGACAAAGCGCACCAGUGCAGUCCCCGUGCACACUCAGGUUCUUUCUACUAUUGGCUUUUUAGCCACAGGCACAUUUCAAAGGGAAAUUGGUGACAGGUUUGCGGAAAGGACAAAAAUUAUGACCGAUUUCUAUAACAUCGCAGGAUUUCCAAGUGUAAUAGGGGCAGUUGACUGCACACAUGUUGCCCUGAAAGCUCAUACUGUUGAUGAAUUUGCAUUUGUAAAUAGAAAAGGCUAUCACUCCAUUAACGUGCAGGUAAUCUGUGAUGCACACUUGAACCUGCUAAAUGUCGUUGCGAACAGCCUGGGAGGGACACACGAUUCCUUCAUUGUGCAGAACAGCAUCGUGGGACUUCGUCUUCAGCAAAGCGCUGCUGGAGAAGGCUGGCUUAUUGGGGAUCGAGGAUAUGCCCUUAAAUCCUGGCUGAUGACCCCAGUUUCAAACCCUGUAUCCCAAAAGGAGCUGAAUUACAACCGAGCACUUGAGCGCACAAGAAGCACAGUAGAACGUGGCUUGCUGAAGGCUCGAUGGCUGUGUCUGUCAGGCAGAGGAGGCAUAUUGCAAUACAAACCCGACAAGGUGUGCCAUAUAGUUAAAGCAUGCAGUGUGCUGCAUAAUAUUGCCAUUAAAAACGGUAUACCACUGGAUGAGAUGCCGAUACAAGAAGAUCGCCACAUGGCAGAAGGUUUUGACCCCAUGCCAAAUGCUGUGGCCGUGCAACUAAGAGCAGGGAUAAUCGAAUGGUUCUAA